UUCCGUUGCUGAGGGAAGAGGGAGAACUGAGCGGAGGGAAGCGGCCUGGCCAGCUGGCCUGAUCGUGUUGGGCGCCGCCGGCCCCGGUCUUGGAGCCGUCAGCGCCUGGCUCGCCCGCGGGCUGCUCUUGCUGCUGCUGCCGCUGCCUGUGGCGAAUGGUCGAUGCCGGUGGCGGCCGCUGUGCCGGUGAGGGGGGGCGAUGCUGCCGAGGCGCAGCUCGCUGACGGGGCUGGCGGUGGGGCUGUUCGCCGUCUACGUGGCGCACACCUGCUGGGUGAUGUACGGGAUCGUCCAUACUCGGCCCUGCCUCGCUGCCGCCCGCGACGGGGAAGGGAGCGAUGGCUGUAUCCGGCCUUACUUGGCGCGACGGCCCAAGUUGCAGCUAAGUGUUUACACAACCACAAGAUCAAAUAUAGGCACUGAGAACAAUAUUGAUCUGGUUCUGAACGUGGAGAACUUUGACGUUGAGUCCAAAUUUGAAAGAACAGUUAAUGUAUCUGUACCAAAGAAAACACGAAAUAAUGGGACAUUAUAUGCAUACAUAUUUCUUCAUCAUGCUGGAGUUCUGCCUUGGCAUGAUGGCAAACAGGUGCAUAUAGUAAGUCCCCUGACUACUUAUAUGGUCCCUAAACCAGAAGAAAUCAAUCUUCUCACUGGAGAAUCUAUCACCCAGAAGCAAAUUGAAGCGGAAAAAAAGCAGACAUAUGCCCUCGAUGAGCCCGUCUCACACUGGCGGUCCAGGUUGACCUUAAAUGUUAUGGUGGAAGACUUUGUCUUUGAUGGAUCCUCCCUCCCUGCUGAUGUGCACAGAUACAUGAAAAUGGUCCAGUUGGGCAAGACGGUGCAUUAUCUUCCAAUAUUAUUUAUUGAUCAGCUGAGCAACCGAGUAAAAGAUUUAAUAAUUAUAAACCGUUCAACAACAGAGCUACCACUUACAGUGUCGUAUGAUAAAAUAUCUUUGGGAAAGCUUAGAUUCUGGAUCCACAUGCAAGAUGCCGUGUACUCCCUGCAGCAAUUUGGCUUUUCAGAAAAAGAUGCUGAUGAAGUGAAGGGGAUUUUUGUGGAUACCAACCUCUAUUUUCUUGCUUUGACAUUCUUUGUAGCAGCAUUCCAUCUUCUCUUUGACUUCCUUGCAUUCAAGAAUGACAUCAGUUUCUGGAAGAAGAAAAAGAGCAUGAUUGGCAUGUCUACAAAAGCAGUGCUUUGGCGGUGCUUUAGUACUGUGAUCAUAUUUCUUUUCCUCUUGGAUGAGCAAACAAGCUUGUUGGUGCUGAUUCCAGCUGGUGUUGGUGCAGUAAUUGAACUUUGGAAAGUGAAGAAAGCAUUAAAAAUGACAAUUGAAUGGGGAGGCCUGAUACCAGCAGUUAAGUUUGGCGCAUUUACUGAGUCUGAAAAGAAAACUGAGGAGUACGAUACCCAGGCCAUGAAGUACUUGUCAUAUUUGUUGUACCCGUUGUGUAUUGGAGGUGCAGUUUAUUCGCUUCUGAAUAUCAGAUAUAAAAGCUGGUAUUCAUGGUUGAUUAACAGCUUCGUCAAUGGAGUAUAUGCAUUUGGAUUUCUAUUUAUGUUGCCGCAACUAUUUGUAAAUUAUAAGAUGAAAUCUGUUGCACAUUUGCCAUGGAAGGCAUUCACAUAUAAAGCAUUCAAUACUUUCAUUGAUGAUAUUUUCGCAUUUAUCAUCACAAUGCCAACAUCUCAUCGGCUGGCAUGUUUUAGAGAUGAUGUGGUGUUCCUGGUCUAUCUUUACCAAAGAUGGCUUUAUCCUGUGGAUAAGAGCAGAGUGAAUGAAUACGGAGAAUCGUAUGAAGAGAAGCCGAAAAGAAAACCCCACAAACAAUAAUAAUAUAACUCUAAGAGUCUCUUUGAACUGAUGCUGGUUGCAUAUGUUGUCUGACUUCUAAGAAGAGACUAAGUAAAAGAGUAUUCUUCAAAGCUUGUGACAGAACUUCAUGGACAAUAUAUCAUCUGCAUUGCCAAAAUCUGUUUUGAUUGUCUGUGGAUCUAGCUGUCUUUUUAAAUAUUAUUUUUGUGUUCAAGGAGUCUGCCAAUAUUUCUGCCAGGUUUUACUCAAAUAGUUAACACUUUAAAUUUCUGUGAAAGUUUCUGCAUACAUAUUGUGUCUAUUUUACUUAAUAUCUUGAUCCCUUCAGCAACUGGCAGUGUGACAUCUGCAUUUUAGGGCUACUGCUGUGGCUAUGGAAAAUAUGAGUAUACUGUGAAUAAGUUUGAAAAGGCAACAAAGCGGUGAAAGGGCCAGCCCUUGACCUCCAGCCAAAUUUAAAACCAUUUAAAUCCUGUUGAUUUCACAAAGAGAGAGAAAAGUGCAUGCUUACACCUCUCCCUUGGAAAACAGUCGGCCUUAAAUGUGUUUCUGUAACUUUGGUUGGAUUGCGUCCCCUGAUUUCUAUUGUUCCCCACUAGAAUUAGCAGCUCAUUCUUGAGAGCAUUAUGGCAACUAUGCUUCACACACAUUGAUCCGAGUUUUUAAAGCAGAAUCAAUCAUUGUUGCUGAAAGACCAUCCACGUAUAAAGGCAUGCACUUUAAACUCUAUACCAAGCCAUUCUUAGCUGACACUGGACCCAGAAGGCUUGCAACUUAAAAAAAAUGUGUUUCUAAAUGGCAGAGCUUAUUAGCAUAAAUUCAUCUGAGCACAUGCAGCAAAUAGUAUUGGGUAGUAGUUUUUUGUACACUGAGCAAAAUACUUUCCUUCAACCUUAGAGUUGGAAUUUCUUGAUUCCUCCUAAACUGGAUAUUUUUUCUAAGGUGAGAGCCAUUAUGUUGUAGUCAGAGCCUUUUUUUUAAAAGUAUGUAAAUACAUAUUUUGCAUGACACACUAUUGUGCCAAUUAUACUUCGGCAGGGAAAACUAUAGACCAUUUUCUUUAUAUAUUGAUGACAAAAUGACCAAGGAAGUUGUUGGAAACAGAUGCACAGAAAACUAUGGUAUCAACGAUAAAUUUAUAGAGGAAAUAGUGUUCAGAAUCUGUUAGUAAGGGAACUCUGGGCAUAAACUUUUAUUACUAUGCUCUUUUUAUAAAUGUGGAUACUAUGUUUACUAAUCAAAUCAUUUCAGUACUUCUCUUGAGGUAGAGUUUAUUCUCAGCAUGUUCAAAAUGCAAGUGAAAGUGACUUCUAAAGACCAUCACUUGUACUGUUGCAUGACAUCUAAUUGGGUUGCAAUCUUAUAUGCCCUGUCUUGAGAUUAAUCCCCAUUGGGUUCCAUGUGAAUAUUACUCCUGGAUAAAAUGUAUAGUCCCUGGUUCAGAACCCUGGGAACACUGCAGUUACUAGCAUGGAGCUCUUAUGUAUGCAAAUCAGGGAGCUCCAUGUGCACAUUGGACCACUUGCCCACCCUACCUGUAAAGGAUCACUGGAUUGGAACAUGCUCCACCUACUUACAUAUCUUUAAGCUCAUUUAUCUGAAUGUGACUUGAGCUUGCUUAAUGGUGCCCUUUGCUGAUAAAAGGUAUUGCAUCCAGUAUCGCUGAAUACAUGUGUGAUUACUCACCAUAUCACCCUAAAUCCACUGGUAUCUGAUUCUUACAGACAUUUUUCAGAUUUUUUGCAGUAGUCAAUGAAUAAUAUCCAGUAAUUUUUAAAAAAUCUGUCUGUCUCCCCGUACCCAAACCAUUUUUCUUAUGCUAGCUUUGCCUUCAUUUGUUUCUGUAAGCUAGAACUUAGAUUAUUAAUUGGGUGAAAAAAUGUUGGGCAUGAAUCAUCCAAAGUUUAAGUCCUUCUAGGUCUCAUUCCUGAAUCUCCCAGCUCGCCCCCCACCCACCCAACCUCCAUGGGAAGUAUUUUCUUCUGUUGAAAUCAAUGGGACUUAAAAUGCUUUGCUUUGACUGGAUAGUGCCCGCAGUGUUGAGCUUCUGAAGUAGCUUCCAGAACUUAAAUAUUAAAUUGAGGUGUAACUAAUCUGUCUCUCAACAUUCCUUCCUUGCUGUGGUUUCUUUGGAAAGCCAUUAUAUUUCAAAGAGCUAUUAAGUGUGGUUUUUUAAAAAAACUUUUAAAUUCUCAUAAUUUUGCUGACUUUUUUAAAAAAAAAAGUUCAUGCUACUAUUUUGAAAGUAAAACAUGGGCACAAUACAGUUAGAAUCAAAGCACUUUUAAGUCUCAUAUAAUGGGAGAGAUUUAAGCACUUGCUUAAAAACUCUCAAUGAAAUCAAUGGGCCUUAAAAAUGUGUUUACUUUGGAUUGUUCCUUGUGUUUUUUAGAACUUUUAUAUGUCCUCUUAUAGGAGAAGGGGACAUACAUUUUUGUUUUAAACUAAACUUUAAAUAAGUUAGACCAUCUCCUUUUCAAAUUCUGGUGAAAGCUUACUAUUUUUGUUUUGCAAACUAUAAAGAAUAACUUCUUGGCAGAAUGUUAAUAUCACAGAUCUCUAUGGUUGGUGUCUAAAACUACAGAAGCAGUGCUUAGCUAAAUAACUUGCAGUGCAAAGAGUUGUUUGACAAAUUGACAUUUUUGUUUUUUAAUUUUUACUUGAAUGAAGAGUGUAAUUAAUAACAUCUGAGUGUCCUGUCAAAGCAGAGAGACCUGGUUAGUGAUCCUUGUUUUCUUCAUUCCAUGUGCAAAUAAAUGUUUAUGAAUAUA